AUGAAAGGCGACAACACCUUCGUUCAGAACCAGUACGGCCAGGACCAAGUCCACCCACAACAACAACAGCCGCUCGCUGGGCAAGGCUACAAUGACAGUACACGAGGAUACGGACAGGGCCAGCCCCAAGCUUAUGGCGCGGUCGGGAAUAUGGGGGCACCGCAGCACGGACAUCAUGGUCAACCGACCGGGGCGGGGGGUCAGCCCAUCUAUGUUGUAGAUGAUGGCCGGAGGCAGGGGAACAAUGACUUGGGCCUGGAUAUCGUGCUGUACAUCAUUGCGUUCUUCGUCCCGCCCGCGAGUGUUGUUGUGAAGCGAGGUUGUGGCGGACAAUUCUGGCUCAACAUACUGCUCACGCUUCUCGGCGGAAUCCCCGGGUUGAUCCACGCCAUAUACAUUGUCGCAGUGACGCCCGGUACAUACUCGAGGGAUCGACCCGUCGGGCGCCGCUAG